AUGUUCGGAGGCGGGGGAUUCGGGUCAAACAGUAACAGCGGCUUCGGCAAUUCUGGCGGAAGCUCGUUAUUUGGAAAUAACCAGAACAAGAGCAACUCGCUUUUUGGAAACAAUCAGAAUAAUUCUGGUGGAGGAAUGUUUGGCGGUGGAAACAACACCUCUAACAGUUUCUCCUUCGGAGGAAACAGCAAUUCGAACAGUGGAACAUCCCUCUUCGGCGGCAACAAUACAUCAUCAUCAUCCAGUCUUUUUGGAAACAAUAGCAACAACCAAAAUUCCUCGUCGCUUUUUGGCAGUUCAAACAACCAGAACAACUCUGGCGGUGGCCUAUUCGGCAAUAGCAACAAUCAAUCCAGUGGUUCUUCCCUUUUUGGCAAUUCUGGAAGCAGCUUUGGCAACUCUGGCAAUGGAACUGCUCAAAAAUUUGAGCCGAAAAUGUCUACCGAUACAAAUCCACGGGGCGGCUCGCAAAACAUCAAAAUGCUCUGCUACUCUGCCAUGUCUCACGCGCAAAACAAAUCCUUGGAAGAACUUAGAAUAGAAGACUACAUGUCCAACAGAAAAUCCGGAUCGGGGGUGGAAGCAGCCUCUUUGUCGACUUCCAACACCGGCGGCGGUCUUUUCGGAAACAACACGUCGAACAGCAACAGUGGAGGGGGCUUAUUUGGAAAUAACAAUCAGAACAAGUCUUCGUUUGGAUUCGGCAACAACUCGAGCACCAACAACACUGGCGGAAGUCUCUUUGGAAACAACAACUCGAAUUCUGGAAAUAGCGGCGGUCUCUUCGGCAAUUCGAACAAUACAUCCAACUCUGGUGGCAGCCUCUUCGGCAAUAACAACUCUACGUCUACCUUCGGCAACAGCAACAACACGGGCGGCUCGCUCUUUGGCAACAACAACUCGAACAGCAACUCAGGCGGCGGUUUAUUCGGAAACAACAACGCAAACAAACCAGCCAGUGGCAGCCUCUUCGGAAAUACAAGCACCAGCAAUACUGGCGGCUCUCUCUUCGGCAAUAACACCAAUAAUUCCAGCGGAGGUGGUCUGUUCGGGAAUAACAACGCUAACAAGCCGGCCAGCGGCGGUCUCUUUGGAAACACGACCACAUCCUCAUCGGGAGGCGGCUUGUUUGGAAACACAAACAACAAGCCUGCCGCGACCAACAGCUUUAGCUUCGGCAACACUUCCACCUCUACCUCUGGAGGAGGCCUUUUCGGCAACACGAACAACACCGGCGGUGGUGGACUUUUUGGUAACACGGCGAACAAACCUGCAAGCGGAGGUCUCUUCGGCGGAUCGACCAAUACUGGCGGCUCGUUAUUCAGCAGCAACACGACCAACAACGCCAACAACACGCAAGUUGCUCAACCCGCGCCACAGGUUAACAUCGAUGCAACUCUGCAGCAGCUGAUAUCCAAUCCUUACGGAGACUCGCCGCUUUUUAGAAAUACAAUUGUCGACAAAGCGAAAUUGCAAGAGCAAUUGCAGCCGGUUUCACCGAUCGCGCAGAAAGCUGCUUUGCAACCAGCUUACAAAGUGACGACUAAGCCAACUAGAUCUGUUCUCAAGCCGCAGCAACAACGAUCUAACAACCGCUCUCUUUUCAUCGGACUUGAGGAAGAAGCCGACACUUCAUUGAACAGCUCUCAGCUCCGUCCCAAGAAGUCCGUGAAGAAACUCACCGUGAAAGUCAACACAUCUCGUCGAGGCAACGACUCCGUCUUGUUCAACAAGACCAAAGAGACAGAUACAACAGUGAGCUCUCUUCCUGCUACUCCUCGAACUGGGCGCAUUCCGCUCAAUCUUGAGCCAGCGACUUCUGAUUUGACUAGCAGCAACGGCUUGGAUACGUACAUUGCUUCUCCAGAACGAAAUGGACAAGCGAGCAAUGAACAAAACUCGCUGGACUCGAUUCGACGAGACUUCAAAGAGCGACUCAACGAAUCUUCUUUCCUUGACUCGAACAGAACAACACCCGCUUCUGAAAUUGAGAACUCGAUCGUUGAGAGCGAACCUCACCCAGCUGGCAUCAAGCUCAACCGGCCAGGCUACGAAACAAGCCCGCCGCUUGCUGACAUUCCUGGGCUGAAUGAAAACGGAGAAUGCUGGGUUAAGGACUUUGCCGUCACUCGACGAAAUUAUGGACGGAUCUUUUGGCCAGGACGAAUCAACAUUGCUGGGCUUGAUUUGGAUCAAAUCGUUGAGAUCAAACGAAAAUCUGUCGUUGUCUACCCUGAAGAGCUGGAACAUCUCAAGCCACCGCAAGGAAAUGGACUCAAUCAGAAAGCAGAAGUGAGUUUGGUCCAUACCUACCCAAGAAACAAGGAAACGCAAGAAAUGAUCAAGGAUCCAGAGCGAAUGGAGCAAAUGGGAUGGCCAGCCAAGUUAGAGCGAGCGACGGAAAAGAUGGGUGCGCGAUUCCUCGAUUUCGAUCUGGAAACUGGAACCUGGUCGUUUUCAGUGAAGCAUUUCUCCAAGUAUGAGCUUGCUGACUCUGACGAAGAAUGCGAGCCAACUCCGAAAGGAGCAGGGAUUGCGGAGAAGCUUCCAUUGCCGAGAAUCGGUGCUCAGAUCAAGCAGAAAAGCCUGCUCAAGAUUGAUGAAGAGCCAGUUGGAUUAGGCGGUGGCGAUAUCGAUCAAAAAGACGAGGAAGAAGAAUUCGAGAUGAUCACUAGCCACGACAGAUCGCACGUGAACGAGCUCCCCACAGCCAACACCAUCAACGGGUGUCAAAAAAUUCAGGACAUGAAGUUCUCAUUCUUCGGCCACGACGAAGAAAUGACAACGCAAAAUGAGCCGAUCACCAGUUUCAGUCACUCCGUUCUCCCCAAGUCUUCCGACUCUUUUGUUGCGAAUCAGAGCGUUAAUGCAAAGUUGAAUGCCUCUCUCAAUUUCGAUCCACUGAGCAUUUCUAUUUUCAAUCCAAGACCAGAGCUCCGCAAGACAGAUCCGACUCCCUCCCAGUUCCAGGAGACCACCCUAAAUACUUCCACAAUUGGAGACAUAAGGACCGCAUCCAGACGCCGUCACCGUGUCCAACUUGGAGCAACACCACUUGGUGAACAAACUUGGUCUCGAAAAGUCGCAACGCUGUUGAAACUCAACAAACAAGUCAACGACGGAAACACUUUCCGAUGCGGAUGGGACAACAAGGCCAACUACGCUCACGGAGGCGCUGCAGUCAAAAAAAAUGGUGCUCUUACGGUUCGCCUCUCUGAAGACGAGAAGAUUUCCCAGAAAAAGAUCAUCCACUGCUUUAUCGACCAUGCCAAGUUUGAAGACUACGAAGAUUACGAAUUUGUAGCCAGACAAUUGCAGUUUGAUGAGAGCAGGGCUCAAUCACUGAUGACCUCUCUCCUCGCCUUGGCGAAAGAAUCUGUCGACGCUCAAACCUCCACUUUCAACAGUAUCCAAUACGAUAUCGUGUCUCUCAUCACUGCUCUCUGGAACGAUUUGACUUGCAAAGAUAUCAAAGCGCUUAAAAUCCGGGAACGAAGAAAACAGCUGUCGGACUGGCUCGCCAACUGCGUUUCCCAAACAAUUGCUAGUGUUUCUGAAGACGUUUCUUCAGCACCAAAGCGAAUUCGAUACCUCCUCAGCGGAAACCAGGUCCAAGAAGCUAUUUCCGUCGCUCAGAAAAACGGACUCUUCCAACUCUCUCUUCUGAUCCCCCUCGCCGGAAGUGACCGAGUCCAGCAAAUGCUCACCCAACAGCUCGCCGAGUGGAAGGAGAAUAGAAUCGACACGACCAUCGACGAGGAUAUUUACAUGAUCUACCAAAUCCUAGCUGGUAGGCCGAAAAAUGUCAAGACGGAAGGAGAAGUGAAUGUCUUGAGCGAUCUUGAUUGGCGGCGCGCUUUUGGUUUCUUCUUGUGGCACUGCUCGACGAAUGAAAAUGAUCUUAUUGACGCCAUUGAUUUGUAUGAAGAAGCGUUUACAUCUGGCCACUGCGCUUAUCCUGUGCCUCUGAAGCUCCAGCAGCGAAUUCCCGAAGGUAUGAAGGAUAUCUUCCCAUCUACCGACAUCUUCGACAUUUUAUACAUGAUCUUGAAGCUCUACAGAAACUCCCAUGAGCCACUGAACAAGCUUCUCAUCCCUGAGACAGCUGGUACAGAGUCGGUUGAUCACCGACUCUCCUUUUUGGUUUACAUUCUUUUGCGAACCUUGGGCUACACCACAGAUGACCAAAGCGAGCAAAUACUGAUCACUGCCUUUUCAAGCGAGUUGGAAAACAACGGCUUAUGGGAAGAAGCCAUCGCCGUUUCUCUCAUGCUCGAGGAUCCAAGCGACCGAGAAAGGUUCGCACGACAGAUUCUAAAGCGAAAUGUCAAAGUUCAAGAUGUCGACUUCCAAUUUUUGACGAAUACAUGUUUCAUCGACGAGAAGUGGAUUUUCGAAGUUAAAGCUCUUGAAGCCCGUCGAUGGAAGGAUUGGAGAGAAUGCUUUGACUUCUUAGUCAAGGCAGAUUUGCCCAACGCUGCACACAAGAUAAUGAUGGAGCAUAUCAUUGCCGAAGCACUUGUGAAUGGUGAGAGUGAAUACUUAGAAGAAAAAUUGAGUCUGCUACGAGAGGCUGAUGAGCAAAUUGAAAACUGGGAUCUACAAGGACUUGUGUACCUUGACUACUUCACUGCCGUAACUAUUAUUGAAAAGCUCAAGCAAAACCCAUCGCCCUCGAUCGACGAAAUAACUCGCUUAGACGAGCUGGCACCGCAGCUUGCCGAUUUGAUCACUAGGAUCGGCGGCCUCUCAGCUGCGAAGCCCAUCGAUUGUCUCGCCCGAGCAGAACUCGCUCGGGGAGCCCUGCAUUUAUGGAAGCUUCGCCGCUUUAUGCUCGAAUCUCAUAAUUCGGGAAUGAGUGGCAAGAAUGAAUUGGAAGAAAUUGAAGAGUUAGAAAGCCUUGUCCAGGCGGCCCGUGCGGCCUGGACAGCAGUCUACCUGACUCUUCCCAUAUCAUAUUUCUACGUCUGGAAAAAGCGCAAACAAAACGAAGAAGUGAUCGUCACACGCCUCGGGCGCGUACAAAAGCCAACAAAGGGCUCGUAUUUGCAAAAACUCCCAUUCAUUGAUAGCGAGGUCUCGAUUAGCCUGGAACCAAAAACUUCGUCAAUCAAAAAGCAUCUUUUACUGACUCUGGAUAAAGCCGCUGUUUUGGUCGGAGUCGACGUCGAGUGGCGCGUUAGUGAUGCUGUUGUUGCUUACAAAUCGGCGACAAAUUUUGAGGAGUGCUUUUUGAACGCGCUGAGGCCUGUGCUGAGGAAGAGAAUUGAAAGAACUGUCAUCAGGGUGCUCGCUACGGAACAAAGUAGUCUUGAGUCCAAGCUCCGCACCGACUUCAACUACGAAGGGCAGCUUUAUGGCAUCGCUGUCGACGCAGUCGUCCUACACGUCGAAGCUUCCGCGACACAACCUUAUCUCAGCGGUCGAAAAGCUGAUGUUGAGCUUGAGCUUCCUGCCGAUCCAAUGGCCGCAGCUCUUAAUGGAGCGCCAGUUCCAUCAAUGGGCAACUUUGGCGAUGUUCUUCGAAACGCUGGAUCCGCCCUCCCGCCAAAUCUAAUGGAAGAUCUCAUUGGGGGCUUGGCGAAUCAUCCUGGCUUUACGAAUAUUCUUCAAAACUUGGGUCAAUCUCAAACUUCAUCUGACUCGCCGCUCGAAAAGCCGAAAACGAUAGAAGAGAUUGUAUCAUUUUUCAAAUCAAAGAAUCUACGACUCAAGAAACGACUAGACGUUAUCAUCGACAAUGAAACUACAAUUAUAAUCACUGAUACUGGAAUUCACGAAUCACUCGUCGACGCAUGCAACCAAUUCAUCCCCGCAGCCGAAGUUAAACUGUCGCUCGAAGAUUUGGCAGCUUUUAUCGCUCGAGAACAAAGCUACUUGGAAGCUUAUCAAGCCGGAAAGGUAGCAUUCAGUGGAGACGCAUCGCUAAUCAAAGAUUUACUUCAACAACUUUAA